AUGAAUAUCUCACGACUUUUGCGGUCUUACAAAAAAUCGCCAGGCGUGGUCUUCGGCACCACAGUGAUCUUGGUGAUACUGGUUUUUGCGCUUGCCAAUAACUCUUUAUCGGAAAGCCAUCUCGAUGCCCCUGUGCCAAUCUCGCAAAAGACACAGCCGGUCGAAGCCAAAAACUCGGUGCCGUUCAUGCCCAAAAUGAGCAACGAGACGCUCAAAGCAGAGCUUGGAAAUGCAUCUUGGAAGUUAUUCCACACCAUCCUUGCCAGAUACCCUGAGAACCCGACGCCCGAGCAGAAACAGCACCUCGCGGACUACAUUCGCUCGUUUGCCCUUGUGUACCCGUGUGGAGACUGUGCCCGCCACUUUGCUGUGCUCCUGGAGAAGUACCCUCCACAGCUGAGCUCGCGAAAAACCGCUGCGUUAUGGGGUUGCCACAUUCAUAACCAGGUGAAUUUGAGACUUCACAAGCAGGAGUACGAUUGCUCCACCAUUCUAGAGGACUACGACUGCGGGUGUGGCCAGGACGAAGCCGAAGAGCUCCAGGAGAACGACACCAAAGAGCAUCUUGCAAGCAUCAAGCUGGACCCAUUCAAGGCGUCGGGCAGCUCCACAGACCCGGAACACGAGAAGCUGCUCAGAAUCGUCCAGCUGAACAAGAUGAAGACCAUGAAGCUGGAGAGACUGAACCAGUACAACAACAGGCUGAAACAAGAGCUUGCCCGCGAGCGCAUCAAUGCGUCGAACAGCUCGCUCAUGAUCAUCAAAUACACCGAAACGACACGCGACGGGCUCAUUCCCGAGCUCUGGGGGCCUUCAGAGAGCAGGUACUCCGAGAAACAGCAGGUCCGCGCCGCCAAACAGGAGUCCCGAUGUUGCACCAUCGUCUAG